AUGUCAUCGACGAACAAUGACUCAGAAGACGACGAUCCGAGGGUACAUUCGUCGGGGAUGUCAUCCCCCGGCCAGCCCAGACGUUACGAGCUUUCGAAAUCCGAGUUGCGAAAGAACAAUAAACCAAUUAUGGAGAAAAAAAGGAGAGCCAGAAUCAAUCAGUGUUUGAACGAACUGAAAACACUUAUAUUGGAUGCACUGAAAAAAGAUCCAGCAAGACACACAAAGUUGGAAAAAGCGGACAUCCUAGAAAUGACCGUGCGACACCUGCAGUCGUUGCAUCGGAAUGGCAACGCCAGCCGACCACUGGCCCCAACCGCCUGUCCGACGGUCGAACAGUUGUCGCCUUCGUCGUCAACCGCAGCCUUAACGGCGGUGGUCGUUCAAAAGUUUCAGACGGGUUACCAGGAGUGCGCCGGCGAGGUGAACCGGUUCGUCGACCGGUUGGACGGGGUGGACGAAGACAUCAAGAAGAGGCUGAUGUCGCACCUGGACUCGUGCGUGGCCAAAAUGAGGUACGUCGCCGCGGCCGCUGGCACAGUGCCGCCACCGCCGCCCCCGCCGCGUCCACACGUGAACAAUAGUUACUCGUUGCACCAUCGACUCGACCAAGCGGCGGCGGCUGCAUUGGCAGCGGCCGCGUCGGUCCCGAUGCCAAGCAGUCGACCGGUCCUGCAGCAGCCGCUGUUGGGAGACUUGACGCUCCCUAUCAUCCCACCGACCGUCCCGCCUCCGUCCAUCCCGAAAGCCGGCCGUCUACGGACGAGCGCGUUCACGGCCGUACAUGGUCAGCUCCCGCCACAGGAUGUUGGUCCGACGCCUUUCGUGUAUUGUGACGAACCGGACGUGUCGUCGACCAGCUCGUGGGCCGAAGACAUGGCCGCCGCAGCCGCAUCCCUGCAGCACCCACCACUUGAUUUUUCAAUGAAAAAAACGGCGGCCGGGUGCAGCAACAAGAGGCCCCUGGGCGAUAUACCGGUAAACGUUCCUACUGCCGCCGCGUCGUCCUCGCACAAGCAAUCGACGACGGCGGCGUCAAGCGGUGAUGGCGCUACGCCCGCGCGUGUCCGCAGGCCGGAGGCCGUGGCCGCCGCAGUCAGACCGUGCGACGGUCCCGAUUCUGACCCGAACAUGUGGAGGCCCUGGUGA